AUGCAUACAUCUUUACCCCCGCUGUCAAAAGGGCGAAUAGCGCUCUACCUGUUCGCUGGCAUGAGCAUCUUCUUCAUCACAUUUGCAGCAGUGGCUAGCUGGAGUCAGCCAGCAGCAGGAUUGUUUAGGCCAUCGUCUCGGUAUCAGGAUGCAUCUGGAUCGAUAAGUUCUCUGGCUAGCUUAGCAUUGGAGAAAGUCCUUGGCGAUGGAUCACCAGUAUUUGGUCUACCGACGACCACCCAGGCCUCGACUGCCACAUGGAUGAAAGCAUACCACGAUGAUACCAAGAUCGUGCACAUGAACAUCCCAGGAACGCACGAUGCCGCCACCUGGAAUUUCUCAAAGACCACGCAAGAGUAUCUCGAGCCAGUGACGGACCUGAUCAACAUUACGGAGGUCGAUUCCUCAUUUUAUAGAUGUCAGAACCAGUCGAUGAGCACCAUGCUCAACGCCGGCAUUCGCGCUUUCGAUUUGAGAUACGCCUACGAUGUAACGAAGUCCACAUUGGUUUUCUGGCAUGGCAAUGCCUUGCAGUCGCAAACAGCGACUGUCGACGACGUCCUAUACAGUUUCUACGACUGGCUUGACGGCCAUCCCAGCGAAGCAUUGUUCCUGUCAUUCCAGCACGAGGGUGGUAAUGAUGACCUGGGGACACAGCUGAUGUUUUAUAACAUCUUGACAACCCCAGCAGCGAAGAAGUACAUUUUACAGACACGAGGCAGUCUAGGGACCUUGGGCGAGGCUCGUGGCAAGAUCACACUCCUCCGCCGCUUCGAUCUGGACUUGCUACCAGCGUCAUACGAAGAAGCAAUGCCAGGCCUCCACUUCUCGCCCAAGAACUGGACUGACAAUGGAGCCAACAUUACCCUGGUCUACAACCAAACAACAGGCGAGACCGCAUACAUCGAGGACUACUACAGCCCCAACACUCGGAAGAACUCAUCAGCUGCGCUGAACAUACAAUACAAGCUGAAUGCCACGGAAGCGGCUCUGAGACGUGCUUCCAUCUCAAAUGCGGACAGCCUGCACUGGUCUUUCGCAUCAAGCACGAAUACUGGGAAUGAUCCUCCUGAUACACCCCAGACUCAGGCUCUGGGCAAUGGGACUUUGACGCCGAAGGGUGGUGUCAAUCAGCAGCUUGUGCCGAUUCUGAAGACUUUGCAGGGGAAGAGACUUGGGAUUGUUAUGUUUGACUUCUUUGAGGAGCCGGGAGAUCUGAUACCGUUGUUUUUAAGCUUGCUUUCGCCGGAGCUUGCUAAGGGUUAUGAAAUGUAG